GUUAUAUUAAACGCCCGAAAACCGUAUAUGUUUUUGAAUUAUUUUUCAACUUGACUUAUAUAGAGUGAUAUUAUGUGUAAAGAAUGUUUUUCUUGGUGUUUCGAAGAAGAAAUACAUUGGACAGUUGUAAAUGCCAAGCUUAUUAGUCGUGGUGAUAAAAUUGCUAUUGGUGCCUCUGGUGGUAAAGAAAUAGAAAUAUUUAAGCUAAAAAAAUUUUCGCAGUUGAAAUCACGAGUUGCUCUAAACUAGACCAACAUUAGAAACUUAAAAGCACUAGGCGGCCGUUUCGUCUUAUCGUGGGGCUCCUCACCAGUGUGCACCCGCGAUCCCUCAUUCGUGACUCGAGCUCAGAACUUUCGGUUUUGCGCGUGAACGCCUAACUUAUGGAUAUUCUCGUUGGCCUAAGCUGUACGGUUGCAUUGUAUUUUUUAUUGUAUUAUUUGCUAAAAAUAGCAGUAACCUGUGGUAAAAUACAAUGGUGUUGAAUAAAUUUUAAGAAAAUGAUAUAGUAUCGUCUUAUAAGUUCACGAAAAUCUCAUAUUGAUAGGAAGGUGUGCAAUGAUCCAACUGUUAAUAGAAAAUAUCAAGGUGAAGAUAAUUGUCUACUUGAUAAAUAUUAAGAAUAGAACAAUUGACUGUUGUAGUGAUAGCUGAUUAUUAGUUUCUGAAAAUAAUUAGGUGUAGAAAAUAAAGCAAAGGAAGUCUAUAUAAAUGUAUAUAUUUUUGUAUUUUUAGAUUCUACCGUAUUAGCUUACAUACUAAACUUGUUAAAUAAAAGAUAUGAUUAUGGAGCGGAAUUGCUUCUUUUAUCUAUUGAUGAAGGUAUAAGUGGAUAUAGAGAUGACUCAUUAAUGACUGUUCAGCGAAAUCAGAUCCAAUAUGGACUUCCGUUAAAAAUUCUUUCUUAUCAGGAUUUGUACGGAUGGUCAAUGGAUGAUAUUGUGAAGCAUAUUGGGAAUAAACGAAAUUGUACUUACUGUGGGAUAUUUCGCCGCCAGGCUUUGGACAAAGGUGCACUACUUCUUGGAGCUAACAAAAUAUGUACUGGUCAUAACGCUGAUGAUAUUGCAGAGACAGUGUUAAUGAAUAUUCUACGAGGUGAUAUUGGUCGAUUAAAACGAUGUACAGCUAUAAUGACAGGUACAGAUGAUAUACUUCCUCGUUUUAAACCUUUUAAAUAUGCUUACGAAAAGGAGAUUGUCAUGUAUGCACAUAUGCAUAAAUUGGAUUAUUUUUCAACUGAAUGUAAAUACGCACCACAAGCUUAUCGAGGGCAUGUAAGAGCGUUUAUCAAGGAUUUGGAGAGAAUACGACCUAGGACUAUCAUAGAUAUUAUAGCAUCCGGUGAACGUAUGGCUAUUCGAAGUGAUGUAAAGAUGCCUCAGAAAAGUACUUGUGAAAAGUGUGGAUGCAUUUCAAGUCAGCUUAUAUGUCAGGCAUGCAUUCUCCUAGAACAGCUUAAUUCCGGUUUACCACAGAUAACCAUAAAAGAUACCGAACAGCAUUCUCAAAUUGACUAGUCGGGCGAUAUCAAUUUUUCUAAAAAUUAUAUAUAUAUAUCAGAUAUUGUAAAUAUAUUCCUAUUUGGAUAGUGGUUCUUAUAAGUGGAAAUUCUUACUUUAAGUGUCAAAUUGGUGUUGUAUGUUUUGAAUUUUUCAUGUAUAAAGUAAUGGGAGUAAAUACAGUUCUUGUAAGUAUUCUUGGACAAA